AUGUCUCACAUUCACACACUACUAAUGUCUCACACAAUGCAAGUCAACACUCUCACACUAGUAAUGUCUCACAUUAAUGAGACAUUAAUUCUGGUUCGAUUUUUGUUUUACAAUUUGACAAAUAAAUUGCUUUUUUACUCUUUUUCUCCUCAUAAAAUACCAAAACGAUACCUCAAUGUUGAAUAUGGCACACUUACUACUGAAAUCGAUGUGACUGACUUUGAAGACCUGAGUGGAGUUCAGGAUGCUAUCAAGUCUGAGUAUGGUCCUGCUAUGGCUGACAUUGAUGCUCCUCAACUGCAACUAUACACCAACAGCAACAAGGACCAACUAAUCAACACCUGGGCUUUACUCGACUCUCUUUCUCAAGACUACUUUACUCAAGACGGUUAUUGUGUUGUUAUUGGUUGUUUACCUCUACCUACCAGGAAACCAAGCAAAAGUGCCAUUUUUGAUGCAGGUUCUACUUCUUUAUCAACAGCAAACCAUCAAGACUUUUCUCCUAAACGACAACGUACCGAACCCAAUGAUUUGACAACCCAAUUCAAGUCGUUUGCAAACGCCCAGCUGAUCGAUGAAUGUAUACAGUCGACAGAUCAUGUCUUUUUCCCAUACACCCAAGACAAAAUCCAAAAACUAUAUGUUAGAGAGUGCUAUCAUGAUGUGUUUGGCUUGCUUUUGGAUCAAAUUGAUCGUGGCAUGGAAUCAUUUGCAAUAUCUGGAACAUCAGGCAUCGGAAAGUCACUGUUUUUUGUCUACAUAUUGCAUCGCUUGAUGGAUGACUUUACCACGAAAACUCUGUCCUUGAAGCCAAACCGGAUUGUUUAUCAAGUGGGAUCCUCGUACAAAUGCUUUGACUUGCAGCAACAACUCGUCACAGAGCUUGGACUUGAAAUGGCCAAUAUUGUUAGGAAACAAGAUACAUUGUAUAUUGUUGAUGGACACACGACUCCAAGAUCAUCAUGUUGCAUUGUCUUGUUCAUGUCAUCCCCCCGUUCGGAAUGGUACAAGGAAUUCGUCAAACAAAAGAUGGCAAGGCAAUGGUAUUUUCCUGUUUGGACUUUGGACGAGUUACAGACUUGUCGACGUCAUUGCUAUCCGGAUGUACCCAUUGAGACUAUCAAUGAGAGAUAUCGCAUGUAUGGUGGUGUAGCUCGUUCUGUCUUUGAUAUUGUAUCAAAUCCAAUGGAGAAAGCUUUGGCUGAUGUUGAUGCAGUCAAAGGGGUACGAAACAUUGGAUUCACAAUCAAAAUAUCUGCAAAUACUCAUACAUUGCUUCAUACCAUUGUGUCGGACGACGGACAGUACGAAUUCCUGCAUGUUGAUAUUGCUUCAAGAUAUGUUGGAGAACAACUCUGGAAACGUCAUUCUGCUCAAAUGAUUACCAAUAUGCAGCAAAUGUUUGAUGGUAUUCCAACCGAGAUUUCAAGACAUUUGUUUGAAAUAUACGGACAUGUGGUUUUUUGUACUGGUGGACAAACUCUCAAAUGCAGAUGCUUGGAAGAUGGUAAAGCAACAAAGAUCACUUUGGAUGCACUCAAUGGCCAACGAAUUACAUUUGGAAUAGAUACUAUUCCUACUGCUGCAGCACUUGAUGGCAACUAUUACGAACCGACAGAUGACGAUAAUUUUGUGGCAAUUGAUUCACUCAGUCAACAGGGAAUGUUUCAAUUUACAGUUGCUGCUGAACAUCCUAUUUGUGGAGUUGAUAUUCUUACAAAACUGUGCAAUUUGUAUGAUGAACCCAAACUCUACUUUGUGGUUCCGCCUCACCAGUUUAAAGGGUUCAAAAAGCAGAGUUUCAACCCAAUUGAUGGCACAGAGCAGGAUAUCACACCUGACAACUUUGAAUCGAAUUUAGCAGUGAUUAUAGGUGAAAACACCAAUCUAGCACAACAACAAUUCCAGACAAUUCCAGACAAUCCGAUUCUGAUUAGUUCUAAAACCAGAACUCACAUUGUAACCACAAACCAAAUGCGUUCAAUAUCAAUCACAAUCAUCAUGGACGAAUGUAUCAAAGUAUGUCGUCAACUUUUGAAUAUUUUAGCAGUCUUGCUUAAAACAAGUGGUAUCAUCCAGUGCACUACAUAUACUACUCAUGAAACACACAAACUUCAAAUAACUGCGCAACUAUAUGUUCAAACUCUGCUCCAAAUAUAUGUUGUUGUAUACAGCAAACCUGGUUUGAUAAAAGUGUUGCAAUUGACAUUUAUGUUUGUGGAUAACAAUAUUUUGGAAUCAACUCGUUCAAUUUGGAAAUCAAUUGGAUUUCUUGCUGAUAUCAAUAUCAAUGUCAGUUCAACUCAGUUGAUUGGAGUAGCACUCGAGUGCUUGCAGUAUUGA